GCACUAGGCACAACUACUGUGUUUCUACUUUGUUCCUAAAAAAAAAGAAAAACUAGUUUCUACAGAUAUAAAAGCCUCUGACCUCUCUCUCCCUCUCUCUUCCUCUCUCUCUCCAAGCCUCCAGUCUCUUCUCUGUUCAACCGUCCUUAUAGUUUUGUCCCAGCCAUGUCUUCUGUGCUAAGCUCUCAAGGUCUGGUCUUGGCAACCGCCAUGGCCAUCUCCAGCACCCUCGUCUUUCUUGCUUUCUCCAGAAAACAAACUCUCCCAGAACCCCAGAACACAACAAAGCAAAGUCCUACUCUGCGGUCUUGCUUGUCUUCAGGUGAUAAGAAGAGGGAUAGAAAGAAAAAGAAAGUGCGUUUUGCUGAGAAUGUUGAGGAGGAAAAGAUGGUGGAGAGAGUUACGGAGUCGUCGUCUAAAAGAGUUGAAAGAAGUUGCAGAAACCAAAUUCCUGAGAAUCAAGCUGCCUUGUACAGUGGAAUUCUUAGAGACCGGGUGCAGAGGAUGGCGUGUUCAUAUUGAGUACUGAUUACCACAGAAAAGUUUCU